GAUUUCCCAUUCGCGCUUUGCCCUAUACAGCGCUGUCGUGCACCGCUGCAGCCCGAAACUCAGGGAGUGAAUGGCGGGCGUAGCGGCACUAAGCGGAACCCCUGCGGGUCCAGGCCCUGCCGAAUCCGAGGAUACCUGCGGCUGCCGCUGUCCAGAGCACAGGGACCGCCCGGCAGAGCUCUUCUGUCGCCGCUGCCGGCGCUGUGUGUGCGCGCUUUGCCCGGUGCUGGGUGCGCACCGGGGCCACCCUGUGGGCCUGGCUUCGGAAGAGGCGGCGCACGUGCAGAAAGUCACCCAAGAGUGUUUAAAGCAGCUGGCAGCCAAGAGGCAGCAGCAAGUCGACAACAGAAGCCAGAUAGAAGACGCCGCCGAGCAGCUCAAGGCUCACGCAGAGUCCAGUAAAAUCUGGCUGACGGGGAAAUUCACUGAACUCAGAUUACUGCUUGAAGAAGAGGAAGUGCUGGCUAAGAAAUUCAUUGAUAAAAAUACCCAGCUCGCCCUCCAGGCAUACAGGGAGCAAAUCAAGUCUUGUGAGGACCAAAUCGAUGUCUUGAACAGCCUCUCCAACAGGGUCUGGAGCAUCAGCCAGGAGACCAGUCCUGUACAGCUGCUACAGGAGUUCACGGAAACUGAACAGGAGUUGAAGCAGCAUAUGACCCUGGAGGAGUUUCGACACCCUGUGCCCCAAUCCUUCGAGCCCGUCAAGACCUUCUUCAAGGGCCUCAUGGACGCCAUGCAGAGCAUGAUGCAGACGCCACUAGAGGUUCGCUUGAAGGAAGACGUGAGCAGCCGGCUCUCCAGCUUCUCUAGCGCCAAGGCAGACCCCUUGUUGAAAAUCCACCCCUCACCAGAGCGCUCCCUCUUCUUAAAGUUUGCGCGCACGCCCACGCUGGAGCCCGACACGAUGCACGCGCGCCUGCGCCUCUCCGAGGACCUACUGACGGUGAGAAGCGCCCUCUUCCGCCGCCUGGGGCCUGCGCCCUCGCUGCGUUUCGAUGAGCUGUGGCAGGUGCUGGGCCGAGACUGCUAUGCCUCGGGCCGCCACUAUUGGGAAGUGGACGUGCAGGAGGCGGGCUGCGGCUGGUGGGUGGGCGCGGCCUACGCCUCCCUGCGGCGCCGCGGGGCCUCCGCAGCCGCCCGCCUGGGCUGCAACCGCCAGUCUUGGUGCCUUAAGCGCUACGACCUGGAAUACUGGGCCUUCCACGACAGCCAUCGCUGCCGUCUGCGGCCCCACCACGACCCCGAUCGGCUGGGCAUCUUCCUAGAUUACGAAGCCGGCAUCCUCGCCUUCUACGACGUGACAGGCGGCAUGAGCCACCUCCACACCUUCCGAGCAGCGUUCCAGGAGCCGCUCUACCCUGCCCUGAGGCUCUGGGAAGGGACCUUGAGCAUCGCCCGGCUGCCUUAGGGGCUGUGAUUGUAGUGAUCGCCCUGGGCUUUCCAGGACUCUGGUCACCCCUGACCCAGACGUGGGUGGUUCACUGCCUACUCUCUAAGCACACCCAUUGUCUCCCCCACCAGUCAUGCCUUGUGCUUGAACAGUUCUCUCUUAGGCAGGUUUCAAACAUGCCUUAAACGCAGGUCCUCUGCUGCUGAUUUCUCAUCAGACCUCUCCGCCAUUGCCACUGCACUUAACGUUGCACUGCUUUCAGUCCAGGUUCCUGAAAGGACACGCUCACAGGUGAGCCCUAAGCAUCCUGACACAAUACAUCAUCCUUAGCCUCAAACCUCUUCCCUCAUACAGAAGCCAGAACCACCUGGCACAUCGUAGGUGCACAAUAAAUACGUGUAUGAAUGAGUCCCCCAGUGCUGACUCAAUCUAUCCAGUGUUCCUCGGAUCUGCCUCCUCCUCUCCACUCUACUUAAACUUGUCCACGUUUCCUCCCUUCAGAGUAGCAUCAAGAGCCUCUUAAUAGCGCCUCGCCCGAACCCUCUCCCAUCCUCCUCCUCCUCCUAUAGCUGUAGUGAUCUGCCCAAAACCGCAUUGAACCUCUCAACUAUGAAAAGGUUCCCAGGACUACAGGGGGAAAAAGCACUUCACCUUGCCUUAGCAUCCCUGGUUUUCCUAAUCUGCCCCUAAGCUACUUCUCGACUAGCUUCUAUAGCUCUUUUCAGAGAACCUCCUUCAGAACUGUGUCACAUAGUUGACCUCUGCCCUUUGCAGCUACCCCUUCCCCCGGCUCGUGCACAUAUGUACAGAAAAGCCCUUUCUUUGCCUGCCCCAGUCUUCCCCAGGCUUAACUGCCCCAAAGGAAGUCUCCCCAAGCCACAAGAAUCUCUCACUAUCAUGGCUACAAACCUGGGUCCCAUCUUUCCAACUAGAUUGGAAGCUUUCUAUGGGUAGCUAUGUCCUACACUCUCCCCACCUGGAUAAUUCAGUAAGCCCCUGCCCGCCCAGGCAACGAACAGCCAGCAGCUGGCUAUCACUGAAUCACAGUGCAACUGAGCCGGGAGAGCCUCACAGAUCACCCAGCCUGAGCUUUGCACAUUUGGGGAAACUAAGGUCUUGACCUGAAAGAUUUGCUUCAAGUCACCCAGGCAAGUAUCUGAUUUGCUUUUUGGCCCAGUCUUUAACCUGGGAGAUUUUACUGCUUGUUUCUCAGGGGAUCUUGGGAAGAAUCAGCAGGUGGCAGUUGCUAAGCAACCAUGGCAGUUUUCCCUCCCUCUUAGAAUCCAAAGCAAGAGGAGCGAUGAGUAGAGUUUGGGCAGCCCAGUCACCCUGUGCUCCUCAGAUCUCUCUGAUCCAGAUGUUGCCAAGGAAACCCAUAAGAAGUGGCAGCGAGAGAGAUGGCCAGACCAGCAGGACCUCACAGGGAUGCCAGCUCUGUAGCAGGGCAGGAAAGGCCUUUUCUCAGGGCCUGUGCCCCAGUUCUAAAGGUUCAGCAUCCUGACUUGUCAAGUUCCCUACACAGUUUUUAAGUGACACUGUACUAAAAGUAUCCUGUUAGGUGCUUGGCAGGGCAGUGAUAGGGUGAAGAAAAUGCAAAGCUGAAUCUCCCUCAUGGUUUAAACAGACUCUCAGUGCAUUGGUUUGAGCCAGGGGUGUCCAACCCCAGCCCGCGGGCUGCAUGCAGCCCAGGAUGGCUCUGAAUGCAACUCAACACAAUCAUACAUUUCCUUAAAGCAUUACUUAGUUUUAUUAUUAAGUUUUAUAUGGUUUUAUUAUUUAGAUAUGUACAUUUUCUAUAUUAGUGAUCACAAACUUGGGACGAUUUUAAAAGGUUAUUGAAAGGUCUGCUGCAUAAUUAGUUAUGCGAGGGCUUUUUUGCUUACCUGUGGUGGUGGAUAUCAUGAAAAUUGCACAUGAACCUUUUCUUUGCUCAUCGGUUUCCGUUGGUGUUUGUGUAUUUCAUGUGUGGCCCAAGGCAACUCUUCCAGUGUGGCCCACAGACACCAAAAGGUUGGACACCCCUGGUUUGAACCAUAAGAAACUGCCAAUUUCCAAUAGUUUUUGACAUAAAAAUGGCACUUUGAGCCUGGGCGUUGUAAUGCACACAGAAAGCAAGGCAGAAGGAAGCUCAGAAGUGCCUUUACCUCUAACCGAAUCGCUUUAAACUCCGUCUCAGGUAGAUGUCUAAGCGCUGAGCCCCAGAAACCCUGAGAAAAGGGAAGUUAGUCCUGUGGGGAUGGCCCAGGACUGAAUGCAGGCAGAGGGCCCUCCUGGCCGGGGAGGAAGGGUGCACUUGACUGGAGACUCUGUUCAUCCCUGCAAAUCAAGACUUGUUCCUAGACCCGGAGCCACAGGAGCCAAGUAAUAACAGCCCUUGCCAGGCACUGUCAGGCACUGUUCUAAUGCUCUACACCUAUUAACUCGCUUGACCCCCACGUCAUCCCUAGCAGGUAGAAAGUCAUCCCCAUUUCACACAUUGCAAAAUUGAAACACACAAGGAGCAACUUGCCCGAGCCACACAGCUAACGGUGGAGCUGGUGUCUGUGCUCACGCCCACCAGGCUGUGCCGUUUUGGCAAACGUAGCCAGUCUCUGGCCAGCACCUGCUCACUCUAGCCCCUCUCUCGGUGGGCCUGUGAUGCUCUGCUUUUCUGCCCAGUUACCCUGUGGGACCUGAGUCUAGCUUUGGCUUAGCUUCCUUGGGCUCCAAGAUUAGGUCUUAUACCCAGAAGGAGAUCUGAGAGCAGCAGAGACCGAGCUGCACUAUAAAGGGUAAACACCGGCUUUUACCAAAGGGUUCCUCUGUGCCAAGGUCUGCACCAGCCAGAAAACUGCAGUUUUGGUCCACAGUGGUGACCUCUGGCUAGUCACUUCUUACUUCUCAGAGUGUCACGUACAAAACGGGGUAUAAUAAUCCUAUCCCCCAGUGCUGUGAGUCUCGAUGGGCCAGAGGAUAUGAACCUGCCUUAGAAACUGUACAGAGCUGUGCCGUGCCAGGACGUGGGAGCAUCCCCAGCAGAGUUCCUGCUGUGCUUAGUGCUGAGACAGCUGAUAACCCUAACUGCCAUCUGGCAGGAGCUUCCUCGGGGCCCAUGUCUGCCAGGGUAUUGAGCACUCACUCUUUCAGUUUUUAAUUUGUAGAAAUGUCUUAACUGAUAUAGCAAAUUGCUUGCAGAUAUGUUUAAAUGACAGCAGUUUUCUAAUAUGUGUUUACAUAAAAUGACUAUUUUAACCAUGGUC